UUCUUUCUGAGGCUGCAACGGAAGAAGGAGAGCCUUUGAUUUCAGGCCUGGGGAGUUAAUGGCCUACACCUGGCCUUGCUCGUCCCUGAUUUAUGGCUUUUGCAUUUGUGUCUGAUAGUGUGUAGAGCAAAUUUGCUGAGGGCCAAGUUGGAAAACCAGAAGAAAUCACUGUGUUUUCUGGGGCAUCUGAGCAGGAAGAGUGUCAGGAGCAGGCUGGAACAGGAUCACAGCACCUAUGGCUUCAGAAUUCAUGCUUAAUAUAAAGGAGGAGGUGACCUGCCCCAUUUGUCUGGAGCUGCUGACAGAACCUGUGAGUGUACAAGACUGUGGCCACACCUUCUGUCGAGACUGCAUCACAUUGAAUUAUCGCACCACCAAAGAUCAACAGGGGAAGGGCACUUGCCCUUUGUGCCGAGUGGGUUACCUGUUUCCCAGUCUGCAGCUUAAUCGGCACGUGGCCAACAUAGUGGAGAAAAUCAAGGCAGUCAAGUCUGGCCCAGAGGAGGAGCCGAAGGUGUACAACUGUGAACGCCAUGGAGAAAAACUGCAGCUCUUCUGUGAGAACGACAAGAAGCCCAUCUGCUGGCUUUGUGAGCGAUCUCAGGAGCACCAUGGUCACCAAACAUUACUCAUAGAAGAGGUGGCCCAGAAGUACAGGGAGAAGCUCCAGGAAAAUCUGCAGAAAUUGAUGACCAACAAGAAAGAAUUUGAGAACUGGAAAGAUGACCUCCAAGAAGAGAGAACUUUCUGGCAGAAUAAAAUAGAGAGCGAUGUGCAGAACGUUCAGGAAGAGUUUAAACGACUGAGAGACAUCCUGGACUCUGAGGAGAAGAAUGAGCUGCAAAAGCUGAAGCAAGAAAAGGAAGAUGUUUUGAACGUCCUGUUAGAAUCUGAAGAUGAGCAGGUCCAGCAGAUGAAGUUGAUGGGAAAUUUCAUCUCAGACCUGGAGCGUCGGUUGCAGGGGGCAACCAUGGAGAUGCUGCAGAAUGUGGACUGCAUCAUAAACAGAUGUGAGACCUUGAUCCUGAAGAAGCCAAAAACUAUCCCGAGAGGACAAAGAAGAGUGUUCCAAGCUCCUGAUCUGAAAGGGAUGCUACAAGCCUUGGGAGAACUAACUGAAGCCCGACGCCACUGGGUUCAAGUGACACUGGUUGAAAACAGCCAUCCAAACAUCGCCAUUACUGAGGACAAGAGACAGAUAAGGUAUAAAGUUCAUCAGACAGUUUUUCUACAACAAGGUCAGAGAUGCCAUGAAGGUGUCCUGGGCUACCCAGCCAUCCAAUCAGGAAAACAUUACUGGGAGGUGGAUGUGUCUAGAAAAGGUGCCUGGACCCUGGGGUUAAGUGAUGGAAGCUACUUCUUCAAUCCCAUAUUUCGUUCAAAUGAUGAAAGAUACCGUAGACCUUCUGGAUUUACUUUUGGUUAUUCCCUAAAUCCCAAUUCUCAGCCUCUAUCUCCUUUCACUCUUAGUACACAAGUUUUCAGUUAUCAGCCUAAAUACGGGUUCUGGGUUAUAGGGAUGCAGACAAGGUUCACAUACAAAGCCUUUGAGGAGUGCCCCCUCACCUGUAAUCCUAGAGUCUUGACGCUCUCUCUGACUGUUCCUCCCAGUCGUGUUGGAGUGUUUCUAGACUAUGGGGCUCACACUCUCUCAUUUUAUGAUGUUUCCAACCAUGGAGUUCUCAUCUACAGAUUCUCUGUAAACUCCUUUCCUGAUAAAGUUUUUCCAUAUUUUAAUCCUAUGCAGUGCUCAGAACCAAUGUCCAUAUGCUGGCCAGACUCUUAAAGCCUCCUCCUACUCCCUAGAUUCUGUACAGCACAUAUGGCCUGGAGUCUGUCUCAUAUGCCUGAGCUCAUUGGCACCAUUUGAACCUUCAUUUUGCUGUCUCUAGUCUUUCUUUGUGAAUAUCCUUCACUCAAAUAUAAACAAAUACUUGCCCUUUUGCCGAGUUUUUCUCAGCUCCUCAUUGCUUUAGGAAAGAACAGUAAUCCAUCAUUUCCCAAACUCCUUAGAAAUCAGAACUGACUCUUUGUUAAGUGAGGUAACAGAGGCGUCACACUUCUUUAUUCUUUUCAUCUUUUCCUUCCUUCCUUCCUCCCUCCUUCCUCCUUCCUUCCUUCCUCCCUCCCUCCCUCCUUCCUCCUUCCUUCCUUCCUCC